UGAUCUCCCGACCAUAAAUCCAGCACGGACAGUUAAAAGAGCACUUUCCCAGCACACGAACUCAAGCUAGCCUUGCCGACUAGUUAGCUUCGUCUGGUGGCCACACCGGCCUCACCACGUCCAAACUGCACCACGGACUCAGAGGAGGACACGGUGAAUGGUGGGAUGCACACCUUCAACCAGACGCACAUGAGGAAAGCUUUCCAGCUGAUGAACGACCUGAGGAGUAAAAAGAUGCUGUGUGAUGUCCAGCUGAUUGCAGGAAGUGUCGAAGUGCCAGCUCACAGGGUGGUCCUGGCGUCCUGUAGCCCCUACUUCUGUGCCAUGUUCACGGGUGAUAUGAGUGAGAGCAAGGCCCAUCAGGUGGAGAUCAGAGAGGUGGACGGUCAGACCCUGAGAAAACUGGUCGAUUACAUCUACACCGCCGAGAUUGAGGUCACAGAGGACAACGUCCAGGUUCUGCUGCCAGCAGCGAGUCUCCUCCAGCUGAUGGAUGUUCGUCAGGUCUGUUGCGAGUUCCUGCAGUCUCAGCUUCACCCCACCAACUGUCUGGGCAUCAGAGCCUUCGCUGACCUGCACACAUGCACACAGCUUCUCAACCAGGCCCACGCAUACGCUGAGCAGCAUUUCACAGAGGUGGUGCAGGGCGAGGAGUUUCUAGGCCUUACUCUGCAGCAAGUGUGCAGCCUCAUCUCCAGUGACAAACUCACAGUCUCCACGGAGGAGAAGGUGUUUGAGGCUAUGAUAGCUUGGAUCAAGCACGAUAAGCCUGCUCGCCUGGAGUACAUGCCCAAACUGAUGGAGCAUGUCAGACUUCCACUGCUGUCCAGGGAUUACCUGGUACAGAUUGUGGAGAAAGAGGCUUUGAUAAAGAACAACAACACCUGUAAAGAUUUUCUUAUAGAAGCAAUGAAGUAUCACCUGCUGCCGGCCGACCAGCGGCACCUCAUCAAGACAGACAGGACCCGCCCAAGAACACCCAUCAGCAUCCCCAAGGUGAUGAUUGUAGUCGGCGGUCAGGCCCCUAAGGCGAUCCGCAGUGUGGAGUGUUACGACUUCCAGGAAGAUCGUUGGUACCAAGUCGCUGACCUUCCUUCAAGACGCUGCCGGGCAGGUGUUGUUACCAUGGCAGGCCGCGUGUAUGCGGUCGGGGGGUUUAACAGUUCACUGCGGGAGAGGACAGUGGACAUGUACGACGGAAUGAGAGACCAGUGGAGUGCGGUGGCGAGCAUGCAGGAGAGGCGCAGUACACUGGGAGCUGCUGUGUUGGGGGAUUUAUUGUACGCUGUUGGGGGCUUUAAUGGAAGUAUAGGUUUGUCGACAGUAGAAGCCUUCAACUAUAAAACCAAUGAGUGGAUUUAUGUGGCCUCCAUGAACACCAGACGCAGCAGUGUGGGUGUAGGGGUGGUCGAUGGUAAGUUGUAUGCAGUAGGAGGCUAUGACGGAGCAUCCCGUCAGUGUCUCAGCACAGUGGAAGAAUACGACCCUGUCACUGAUCAGUGGUGCUACGUAGCUGACAUGAGCACGCGGCGCAGUGGAGCAGGUGUGGGUGUGUUGAGUGGUCAGCUGUAUGCAGCAGGAGGACACGAUGGACCUCUAGUGCGGAAGAGUGUUGAGGUUUACGACCCACAAACCAACACCUGGAGGUUGGUCUGUGACAUGAACAUGUGCAGACGAAAUGCAGGUGUCUGUGCCAUUAACGGUCUGCUGUAUGUGAUUGGAGGAGACGACGGGUCCUGUAACCUCUCCUCCGUAGAGUUUUACAACCCGGCCACAGACAAGUGGAGCCUCAUUCCCACCAACAUGAGCAACGGACGAAGCUACGCCGGAGUUGCGGUUAUUGACAAGCCAUUAUGACCACAGGCAUCCCACAGCAUCAGCUCUGCGCCAGCAGCCGGUUUCACAUUCAAACAGGGAAGUAACUUCUGUGAAAAACUCUGUCCAAACGGACGGGACGCUCUCAGUCCUCAGCUGACUCAAUCAUGGAUGGUUCUUGACAGGGGGAGGGGGGAGGGUUUGGUGCUAACCCACAGCCCGAUUGUUGUUUGUAUCUCCAAGCCAUUUCCCUUACAGCCCUGUGAGAUCCUGACUUUUAAGGACAAUGUUGCACUGGGUAAAAAAGCAAUAUCCACGGGAGAGCAGGCUCAUAAGAACUGUGUGUUAGUGAGAGGGUUUUCAAAUGCCAAGCACAUAACAAGCAGCUGUAUCAGCUGAAAUAAGACUGACUCGGGCGUUGGAAAGACUUUUUUUGUCAGGAAGGAACUGACAAGGAGCAUCAUCCAGAAAUCCUGGAAACCUGGGCACGCCAUUUUCAGGAGCCAUUUUUUAUUUAAAUUAUGAGACUUGCCUCAGUUCUUAGAAUAUAAAUCAGCUUAUGGCAACUAUUUGCUCACCUCGAUUGUUGAGAAAUGCACCAAGUUGACUUAUUCCUGCGCCGACCGUUGGCAGCUUUGCAGAGAGCUGCCAUGCUUUUAGGAAGGCCACAGUUGCCAGAGAGAAUUUGUUCUCAGCCUAAAGACCUGAAUGUUGGAAAACAUCUUAUAUGCAAAAUCAGUAUUGUAUUUAAUAUUUUUGAGAUUGUUUUCACUUCUGUGGCUUCAGACCCAGGCCAGGACUUGAUUCUUUGUCGACACACUACUGAUGCACUGAAAACUUGCACUGACUGAUACAGACCAGCGGGGCUGGGGGGCUUCCGGUCUCUCUGACCAACCAACUGGAUCACUGACCUGCUGUCAGACUGUCUCCAUUAAUGAUCACUCUCAAGAGAGCAUUUAAACUCACUCACACUUAAAAGGCCAAUUAUUUUAUCAGAAGUUAUGAAAAAAAAAAAACUGUGCCAGUUAUAAUGAUCAGAAUCAGAGAAAUGCUGGAGAUGUUUUUAUCACCUGGUAACAAACUGAAAUGAUUAAUUAUUUCUGUUCAUUGUCUGAGGGAGUGUGUCGAAAUGCACUACAGAAAUUCAGCUGUAAAAUUAUAAUGUACAAGAUUUAAGAUUUUCUAUUUAUUGUUCUGGUUUGAUUGUUUAACAAAACAUUUACUGAUAUCAAAGUGAGGUUCUCAUUUUAUUUUCUCAUCCUAAUAAUGUUACACUUUUUGUGAUACCCACGUUCAUUCAGAUGACCGGGGGUGUAUUUUAGACUGACUGGUGCCAUAGCUGUGAUUCUAUGAAGGAAGGAGAUUUAUUGAAGCUGUUUGACGAAAGGUUUUCUCAGCCAGCUUUUCACUUCUGUCUGCAAUCCUCCAGAAAUCACGGAGAAACUGGAAACGACCCACUGUCAUUUCAAAACCCUUCGACAAAGACGUAUAUAAAUUAUUUAAAAGAAAUGUACUGUUGUUUUGGUUUGUUUAGUCAAUUAACAGGUCGCGUGUGCUACAUUAGUUUCAUCCAUGUUACAAAUCAUACGUUUAGACUGAUGAAUGCGUUUUCAUGUCGUCUUGUUAGUGUUGGUUUCAUGUCAUAUAAUUUUAGUAGAGAACUCCCAGUAACUUUUAACUUGUUCAUGAUACUGUACGUGAUCCAUCAAUGAAUAUUGAUCUCCAUGCGUGGAUUUGGAGCUCAUAUUGCUGCCUCAACAGACAGGACAAUAGGGACAAGAUCUGGAGUGCCCAGGUUGGGAUCACACAAUUAAAGUAAGAGCUUUUUAAUAAGGUAUCGUUUGGACCUCCUCACUGAAAAGCUCUGUGUGUUCCAAGUUGCCAGAGCAACAGAUCGUGCUUUUAUUUUUUGACAGUUAAAGGAUGUUCAGAAUUUAACGGAGGCCAGUGACAGAAUAAAUUAUAAAUAUAUGCAGUUAGGUGUACUUUAGCUAAAACAAGCAAACAAAAAAACAUCAGUAUUCUUGAUGUUCGAAGUCCAUUCUUGUCCUUGGCAGCAGCAGCUCACCUCAGGGUCCUUUCUGGAAGCUUUUCUGGAGCUUUUGACCAAAUCACACAACUUUCAUUAGCAGAUCUAGUUUCCUCAGUUAACAUGGAGCUGUUGACGCUCUAAUCCACGUUGACCUGGAUUGAGGACCUGGUCAAAAGCUCUGCAGCAGCUACUAAAUGGACUUGGAGGUGAGGCUGUUUUGUGGAGUGGAAUGUUCCUUGAGCUUUUCACAUGAAUGAUGUUCUGCAGAUGUGAAGUGCAGAUGUUAUAUUUCUAAGAUCAGUGGAUGUUGUGAACUAAAUGGUUGAUGUGUGAGAUCAUGUGGUUUGUGGAGGUUGGACUCGUGUAGGUUGAGCUGUUGUUACAGAUGGUUUAAACAUUUAGACUUGAAAUAAGUUUAACUAAGAACACAAAUAGGAAGCAGGUUUACUUUGCAAAAAAACAAAGACAAAAACUGACGUGUGCUUCUGUCUGAAAUUGUAACGUUAUGCAUUUAGCACUUUAUGAUGUUUUGUAUAAAAUGAACUUCGUAUUCCUGUCAGACGUUUGACGGACAAAAAUACGUGAACAGGGUAUUUCCUUCAGCGGCACAGCUGAGACUCAUUUUUAUUUUUGUCUCAGCUGGACUUCAUUUUUCCUGUGUUCAUUUUGAGCAGAUACACAACAAGCUUCUUGUACAAACGGAAGCAGGAGGCUGGUUGUACAGGUCCAUGGAUUUUCCAUCAAGUCUGGAGUCAGCUCUGAGUGAGCAUCUGCCUGUACUGCCACCUUCUGGGACCUCUGAUUCUCUUCAGUGAAACACCUCAGACUUUGGUUUGAUGGAAAAUGGCAUCUAAGUAGUUUCAUUACACAAAAUAUCUGCUGUUAAGUAGAACUAUUCCUUAAUAGUCAAGUAAAUUAUAGCACAAAAUAAAAAAAAACAUGGUGAUAUAUUUUCAAGACAGACUUCAGUGUCCUCUCAUUAUAUCCCAUAAUAUUAGAUUGUUGAUUUUUUUUAAAAAUUAUUUUUAUUGAAAUUACCUCCCAUUGAUCAUCAGGACUUGUGUAGUAAUUCAAGACAUCGGAGUAUCUGACAUCAGUGGUGAUUUUUAUUUUAUACAAAAGAAACAACUAAAUCUUUACUUGUUCAUUAAGAUGUUAAAAUGACACCUGGAAAUAUCUCACCUCAGCAACUCUUAGUAUCUGAGGAAGUUAGCAGUACAGAAGAUGUAUAAUCAUAAACAGUGUUUAUCGUAUAAGUUUUCUUGUCAUCAGCUCUUACAAAUGUCAUGUCUGCUUUUCAGUAAAUUACACAUUUUUUGUUGUUGUUUCAGGGUUUUAAAUAAGUUGCUAGAAGGGGUGGUUAACCGGUCCAAUUUCCUGACUCGAUUCAAUUAUCAAUCGGUUAUUGAGUUUCCAUUUGACAACAGUAACCCAAAAUACACCAUAAAUGUAUUGCACCAUUAAAAAAAACAGCUGCUGAAUUACUGAACAUCUCUUUUUUUUGAGAAACACCUCAAAGCACCUUCAGUAUUGUGUAAUAUAGCUGUAACUUCCAAAUUAUUUUUUUAACUCGUUUUAGAGCUAAUUUUGUCGUUACUUCAUGGAGAGUACGUUGAUUCAGUGGAAUGAAGCUUCAGGCGGCUGUCUUUAGCCCACGCAGCCUCUUCUGGGUGGAAGCGCGACAUGUGAGCCCUCAUCAGCUUGAUCCGUUAGGGUAGCGGCGGAGCUGGAGCCUAUCCCAGCUGACUACAGGCGAGAGGUGGGGUACACUCUGGAGUGAUUGCUAGUCAAUCGCAGGGCCGCUUUUAGCCAAGAUGGAGCUGGAUGGAUUGGUUGGUUGCUGGUUAAUGAUUUUUCUUCAUCAAUUUCUUCAUUCAAUUUCACAAUUUCGUCCAUAGACUGUAUAAAACAUGAACGUUGCACCCGUGACAUCACCCAUUGGUUUCGGGAAGUCCCAAAUGCCCAAACCAUACCCAUGGCAUAUAUGUUCUGUUCAUUGUGUUUAUGUACAAUUUAUCAAAUAAAGUUUAAAAAAA